UUUCCAGAACCAGAUAGCACCAUCUGUAGUCCUUUCAAUACCUUUUAUCAAAACAACAACAUUCAGGUUUCUGGGUCAUCAGGUUACAUCAAAAGUCCCUUGUAUGGAACCAAGUACCCAAGCAACAUGCAGUGCACCUGGGUGAUAACAGUUCCAAACGGAAACAAAAUCAAGCUGACAUUCUCAGAUUUCAGGGUAGGAGAGAGGUUUUACGGUUGCUCUCCAUCUCAUGACUUUGUGGAAAUAAGGGAUGGAGAAUUUGAUGUGAGUGCUAUACUUGGCCAAUACUGUUCCAGCUCUAGACCUUCACCUGUUUACUCAUCUGGAAGGCACAUGUGGAUACGUUUCAACUCUAAUAGUGACAAUUAUCUUGAUAAACAAUAUGCACAGGAAAAAAAUGGAUUCAGGGCCAGUUAUGAAGUAAUAAAGUUAGAAGAAGCACUCCAAGUCGUGGUCAAAUGGCACAGCCAGUAACACAAACAACACUCACCUACAUGAAUCAAACCCCACCAAGUGCCCCAUCUUAUCCAACUGUUCACUACUCUCCAGCACCCCAAAGUAGCUAUCCUAGCUCCCCCAUCAAGUGGGUAUCCUCCAGCUCAAGAGAGCUAUGAACAAUCUCUAUCUGGUAGCCAUCCUAUVUCAUCAACUACUGGUGGUYCAGGACAUACUCUCGAACCUUCAACAUCAAUGGAAGAACACUCUUCGGGUACAUUUCUGAAUGAUCCUCCUCCUACCUACCGAGAGGUAGUUCCAGAUGUCCCCCCUCCUCCUUAUCCAGGAAUAUCUCAGAAUCCUUCACAGGUACUCACUACACAACACCCAGCUACUUCUUAACUAAUCUGAUUGGGUUCUGCUUCCUAAACUAAUGGAAUGAUGAAGCCUCUAAAAUAUACAGAAUAGAUGCCAUUGUGCUCAGUUGCCGCAACAUCAUGAGACAAGCUUCCCAGCUUAGCCAACAUCAUACACCAAGGUAUAGAACAUCAACAGUUUUAUCCUGCAGUAGAGGAUUCCGCUUAGUGGCAAUCAUCAUCUGUAUCACACCUAUGCCUCAAUGAAUGCAGAUGCAAUUUCAAGACAAUACUCACAAAGAUCAUAUUAACUAUGCAGAGAUCAAUAAAAAUUUAUAGGAAGCCGAACAUUCCAGAAAGAAAAUGAUUAAGAAAAUGGUUCAAAGUACAAAUAAAGGUUUUAUUUGUUGGUCAUAUAAAUUAAAAUAUGCUAUGUACAU